ACAACUAUGAGCAUUCCAGAAUUGGUAGAAUUUGGAUUCUUCACAAGAAUCAUAUUCACAUCACUGUCUCUUCCAUGAGCUGCCAAGCCAUUCAUUGCCAUGUUUAUAAUUCUUUGUCUAGCCAAUAUUUUUUCUUGAGUGCCAUUUAUGCUGAUCCUUACUUGGAUGCUAUUAGACAGAUAUUAUGGGAUGAAUUAAUUCUUUUUAGCCAGGCACUACCUGCUAUUCCAUGGCUAGUGGGAAGGGAUUUCAAUGACAUAAGAUCUCCCUCAGAGAGAUCAGAUGGAGCAAGCAUCUCAAAAGAAUCUCUUUCUUUUCAUGAUAAGCUUAAUGCUGCUGAGCUCCAUGACAUUCCUUCCUCAGGUUUGGUAGGUAUCCAAGCCCCUGAAGUUAACAAUCGAAGGAGGCCAUUUAAAUUCUUCAACUUCUGGAUCAAGAAUGAGAAGUUUUUGGACAUAGUGAAGCAAGUCUGGGAAACAAAUCAAGUGCAAGAAAUGGUUCAGGUUGAGCAUGAUCAGGUUCAAAAAGUUACGACUCUACAAUUGGUUGAGGAAUCAUUCUACAGGCAAAAAUCACGAAUAAAAUGGUUGCAAGAAGGUGAUAACAAUACCACCUAUUUUUAUAAGGUAGUCAAAGUCAGGAGGGGGAAAAGUGUAAUCAAGGAGCUCUAUACAAAAGACAAUAAAAGGCUUACCACAGUUCUUAGCAUGGAGAAUGAGGCAGUCAGAUUUUAUCAAGAGCUUUUUGGAACUGUAGAUUCAAACUGUACUGAGGCCAGCAAUUCUUGGCUUAAAGAUUUGUUCAAUUUUCAACUACCUGUAGAUAUGGCAAACUCUCUCAUCCAUCCUGUUAUAGAGGAAGAGAUUAAGGUUGUGGUUUUCUCAAGUCCUGGAAAUAGGUCUCCUGGCCCAUAUGGUUUUACAGCAGAAUUUUAUAAAGCUACCUGGUCUAUUGUGGGUGACUUAGUUGUCAAAGCUAUUAAAGAAUUUUUCUCCUCUGGUCAAUUGCUAAAGGAGGUUAACUCCACCAUCAUUUCCUUGGUGCCAAAGAUCCAGAAUCCAACAAAAAUGACAGAAUUCAGAUCCCUUGCCUGUUGUAAUCUGUUUUACAAGUUUAUUACAAAAAUCUUGGCCAAUAGAUUCAAGAAAUGUCUACCUCUCUUUAUCAGCAGGAGUCAGUGUGCUUUUGUGGAGGGUAGGCUUAUGGUAGAAAAUGUUCUCCUUGCCCAGGAAAUUGUGAAACACUACCAUAAGCAGUGCUUGAGCCCCAAAUGUGCUUUGAAAAUUGAUUUAAUGAAAGCCUUUGAUUCAGUAUCUUGGGAUUUUAUAUUCCAAAUUCUACUCUCUCUUGGCAUUCCCAGUCAAUUUGUCAAUCUGGUUAAAGCUUGUGUGACUACUCCUAAAUUUUCUGUGGUUUUCAAUGGAAAUUUAUGUGGUUACUUCUCAGGAGAGAAAGGAGUUAGGCAAGGGGAUCCCUUAUCCCCAUACAUUUUUGUGGUAUGCAUGGAGGUCCUUUCUCGUAUGUUGAACAAAGUCGCUGAAGAAGGAAAAUUUGCUUAUCACCCUAAAUGCAAAAAUGUGCAACUUACACACUUAUGUUUUGCUGAUGAUCUCAUGAUAUUCACAGAUGGUAGCCUAGCCUCUCUAAAUGCAAUUGAUGCUAUCUUGAUGCAUUUUUAUAAGGUUUCUAGCCUAAGAGUGAACUAUGUUAAGUCAGAAUUGUUCUGUUGUGGGUUAUCUACAUCACAUACCCAGUUACUUGCUGAAAAAUUUGGUUUCAAGAUUAGUACACUGCCAGUCAGAUAUUUAGGAGUACCAUUGAUCACGGGGAAGCUUGCAAAGAAGGAUCUCAGGCCUUUAGUCUCUAAAAUCACUGAGAUAAUGUCCUCCUGGGCUGCUAAACAUCUCUCCUUUGCUGGUAGAUUACAACUAAUCUCCUCGGUAAUUCAAGGCAUCACCAAUUCUUGGUGUUUUGUUUUCAUAUUGCCUAAAGGGAUUAUUAAAGAAGUGGAAAAGAUAUGUGGCGCUUUUCUUUGGAAUAAUGAAACUUGCAGUGCUAGAGGGGCUAAGGUGAGCUGGUUGCAUGUCUGUUCUGUUUGGGUUGCUUGGGUCCAGGAAAACUUACUUAAGGGCAGAAGCUUUUGGUCUAUUAAUAUUCCUUCUGAUGCUUCUUGGGGAUGGAGGAAAAUUUUAAAACUAAGGCCAUUAGCUAGAGGGCUAAUCCAGCACAUACCAAGGACUGGUCAGAACACUUAUCUCUGGCAUGAUAAUUGGCACCCUGCUGGCCCACUGUUAGAAGUUUAUGGAAACUCUAUUGUUCAUGAUUCAAGGAUACCUUCCCAAGCUAAACUAGCCAGUGUUAUAAGUGGUAGAUUUUGGAAUUGGCCUCCUGCUAGAUCUCCCCAAUUGGUGGAAAUUCAAAUACCUCUUUUUGAUAUUCAUCCUAGGGAGGGUGAAAAUGAUUUAGUUAUUUGGUUGACCUCCCCAUCUGGAUCUUUCCAAACUGGUUAGACUUGGCAUUGGUUGAGACACAAGUAGCCCAGGAAGGUAUGGCAUAAACUUGUUUGGUUUCCUCAUGCUAUCCCUAAGCACAGCUUCAUAGGUUGGCUAGCCAUACUUAAUAGAUUGACUACAAAAGC